AAAAAUAACAGGCAUGAGUCUCAUCCGAUAUCCUUGCUGCUGCUGCGUAGUCUCUCUCUCCGGUGGCCAUGGCCAUGUCUAGAAUCGUACUCUCCCUCUCUCCCACACCACCACCACCACCCACCACUAUUCCAGAAUCCCACCCCCACCCCUCCUUCUUCGAUUCCUUCUUCACUUUCUCUAGAAGAAGUUUCAUCCUCACAUCCUCCGUUCUAAGCUUAUCUUCCUCUUCUUCUUCACUUGCUCAAACACCACCACCACCAAAAUCGCCGCCGCCGCCGUCGUCUAGUUCAGCAAAGUCUUUCCUUUCCGGAAUCGGCAGCACCAAGUCGUGGUUCCAGUUCUACGGCAGCGGCUUCGCGAUUCGCGUGCCCCCCAAUUUUGAAGACAUCAUGGAACCUGAGGACUAUAAUGCUGGAUUAUCUCUCUAUGGAGAUAAAGCUAAGCCAAAGACUUUUGCUGCACGUUUUGCAUCUCCCGAUGGAUCUGAAGUUCUAAGUGUUGUCGUUCGGCCGUCCAAUCAACUUAAGAUCACCUUCUUAGAGGCCAAAGACAUUGCUGAUUUAGGUUCACUUAAGGAGGCUUCUAGAAUAUUUGUUCCAGUCGGGGUUACUUUGUACAGUGCUCGUAUAAUCAAGAUUAAGGAAGAAGACGGUUACAGGAAUUACUACUUCUACGAGUUUGGUGCAGAUGAACAGCGUGUCGCACUAGUAGCUGCCGUUAACAGCGGAAAGGUGAUCAUUGCUGGAGUCACUGCACCCCAGAAUAAAUGGGACGAUCAUGGUGUGAGGCUUCGAUCCGCUGCAGUCUCGCUCACACUUGUUUAACACGAGGCCUAAAGUUCUGUUCGUUAGAUAUUGAAAUAUGUAUGUAAAUCCCAUCUUUGUAACAAAAUAGACGAUGAUCUUUGAACCUGUGACGACAAAAAUCAAAGGAUCUGAUUCUUGGAGUUGCGAGUAAAA